AUGCUUGAUUCUAUUGAAGACCCUCAUAAUUUUGGGGCAAUUUUACGGACUGCUGCGGCUCUUAAUAUUGAUGGAGUAAUUAUUGCCAAAAAAAAUCAGGUGCCGGUCAAUAGCACCGUAGUUAAAGUUUCGGUUGGUGGAGUAGCCUAUGUUCCGGUUUGUCAAGUCGAUAGUUUAGCGGAAGCAGUUAACGAAUUAAAAAAAAGGGAUUACAGGAUUAUCGCAACUAUUUGUGAACCAGGAGCCCAGGAAUACAAUAAAUUCAAUUUUGAUUUCCCAACUUGCCUAAUUUUUGGCAACGAACAUGAAGGGAUUAGAAAAAGUUUAAUUAAAAAGAGCGAUUAUCCCCUUUAUAUCCCAAUGAGUAAUAAUAUUGGUUCCUUAAAUGUUUCGGUCAGUUGUGGUAUUAUUUUGGCCGAAGCAGUUUCCCAAUGGGGGAA